CUCUGCUUAGAGGACUCUCUUCUCUUGAAAAGCACGCUGGAAGUCUCCUUUUUUCUUCUCCAAUGGUUGGACUCCACUGCACUCAUCACCUCAUUACCAUCAUACACACAUGUCACUUUCUUCUUCUUCUCAAGCACCUCCCACUCAUCCAUACGAUGUCUUCAUCAGCUUCAGAGGGGAAGACACGCGCAAAGGAUUCCUCAGCCAUCUUCAAGCCGCUCUCCGCCAAAACCAAAUCCAAACAUUCAGAGACGAUGACGGCAUGGACAAAGGAGGUCUCAUCUGGGACGAACUUCUUCACGCCAUCAGAAACGCAAACUUGUAUCUUGUUAUCUUCUCCAAAAACUAUGCAUCCUCUAGGUGGUGCUUGAAAGAGCUGGUGGAGAUCAUGGAACGCAAGAACAAUAACAAUGUAGUGAUUCCAGUGUUCUACAGAAUAGAGCCCACACAUGUUCGCAAGCAGAGUGGAAGUUACCGCAGCGCUUUUGAUAAGCAUGAGAGAUCUUCGGAGGAUCGUUGCCAUGUGCAACAAUGGAGGACUGCACUCACUCAUGCUGCCAAUCUUUCUGGAAUCACCUUUGAUGAUCACAGGUAA